AAUGAAUCCCAUUGAUUAACACAAAUUAUAAUUUGUACUUAAGGAUUGCAUUCUGAAAUUGCAAUUUAUAGGAGAAAUCACAAGAGAUAAUGAUAUAUCUUCUGAAUUGGCAGGAUAUGAAUAGAGUAAAUUGUUAACUGAUCAAUAAACAUUGGAAGUUAAAUAUGCAGAAUUAGUCGCUAAAAGAAGCACUUUAGUAGGGAUCUCUAAUAGAAAAUAAUUAACUGAAACUCAAAAGCAUAUCUAAGAAGUAGCAUAAAGACUAAAAGAAAGUACUAAGAAGUUAUGUAGGUAUAAGUUUCAUUUAAAAUAUUAGGUUAUUUAAGGAAAACCCAAAUAUAGAUUAGGAUUCAUUAAAAGUAUAUGAAGAGAGAGCAGGAUUGAUCUCAGAUUUGGAAGUAUUAAUUUUAACAUAUUGAAGAAUCUCAAAACAUUCAUUUAAAACAAUCAAUUAAAUAAAUUUGCUCAAAAUGUUACAAAUAGUUUAGAAGAAUAGGAUUCAUUAAGAAAAUUUGCAGUAAGAGAAAAAGAAUUAGCUGCUGAAAUAAAAAAAUUGUAAAAUGAUAAAACAUAAGAAAUUAAAGAACAUGAACAUGAAAAGACUGAAAAACAAAAGAACAUUUAAUCUUUAAAAGAAAAAUUAUUAUAUAAAACGAAUAGAGCUGAUUUAAAAAAAAAGUAUGAUGAAAAGGUAGGUACAUCUAAAGAAAAUACUUAAAUGAGAGUAUUUGAAUUUGCCUUAAAAGAUAUUGAAUAAUAAAUUUAAAAUUUUGCUACAAAAAUUGAGACAGAAGAAAAAGUUCAUAAAUAAUUAAAGGAUUACUUAAUUAGAAAAGAAGUAAUUAAAAUUAUAUUAUAAUUUAGGAAGAAUCAAAAAAGAAAACAGAUGAUUAAAAUAAAUAUAUGGAUGAAAAGAAAUAAGAAUUAGAAGAUAAAAUUGAAAAAUUAACUGAACAAAAAAAAAUUAUGUUAGAAGAAUUAGAUAAAUUAAAUAGAAGAUUUGAAAAAGAAGAAUUAGAAAAAUAAGAACGUGAGAGAAAAGUAAAAUAAAUUUAAAUAUUUUAGGAAAUUUAAGAACAAGAAGCUAAAAAAUUAAGAGAAUUACAAUAAUUAAGAAUGGAAAAUGCUAUUAAAUUAAUCUAAAACGAAUUAAUGGAAAGAAAAGAACUAUAUGGUUUAGGUGCCAAAAAAAAGAAACCCAAGAAAACAAAGAAAUGACU